AUGGAAGCAAUAGUAACUAAAGUGCUUAAAAAGUACUUUAAACUAUUUAUUAAAAAUUUCAAAUCUGAUAAUUUUUCAAUGUCACUUUUGAAGGGUGAAGGAACAUUAGUAGAUUUAGAUUUAAAUGAGGCCAUUAUUCAAGAGCUAUUAUUAAUUCCCCCACAAUUUCAAGUUACACAUGCAUCAUGUGAUUCAUUAUCAGCAAAAAUUCCAUGGACAAGUUUUAAAAAUACACCAAUUGUAAUUUCAUUGCAAACAAUUAAUAUAAAUUUAAAAGAACCCGAGGUCAUCGAGCCAUUUCUAUCACAAUUAAAAAAAUUCAAAAGUAAAAAUAAAGGAAAAAGAAAUGAAAUUACAGAAAAUUUACAAAUUGAAGUAAAAAAUUUAAAUUUAAAUAUUGCUAGUUUGCAUGGUGAUACAUUAAAAAUCGAAAUUAAAGAUAUUGUAAUUCAAUCAACCAAUCAAAAUUUCCAACCAGGAGAUUUAGCUUCGAUUAAAACUAUUGACAAGGAACUAGGUGUUGAAUCAUUACAUAAGUUAAUUACAGCAAGUUCGAUUUCAAUAAAGAUUCAAGACUUUGGUGGUAUGACAAAAACAAUAUUAGAUAAUUUACCAUUAAAAGUAUUAUAUUCAUCAAAGAGAAGAAUUAAAGAUUGGAUACAAGUUUCAGCAAAGAUUGAAGUUUUGUUAAAGAGCUUAAAUCUUAAAUGGACCCUAUCAGAAUAUCACACAUUGAAUGAUUUAAUUAAUGGUUUCCAAGCUACAUUGGCAAGAGCAAUUCCAGCUUCAUCACCAUCCCAACCUUCAGAAUCUUAUAGAAAGAAAUUAAAAUCAUCAUUAUCAUUCUCUUCAAGUAAAAAGAAGAAUAAAGAGAAAUCCGAAUUGGCAAGUACAAAUUCAAACAACUUAACACCAUUAAAUGUUACUCCAAUGUCUCAAAGUAACAAUCAAGCUUUUACCAAUGAAUCAACUUCACCAAUGGUUGUUAACAAACAUUUACAACAAGUUCUAGAUUCACCUCAAUCUUCAUCAAGUGUAACCAGUUCAAGUAGCAGUGUAACCAGUUCAACUGGUAAUAAUAGUGGCGGUACUGGCUCAUCACCAAUCAAUAUGAGUACCGAUACUAUCAAUAAUGAUCUCCCACCACCACCAAAACACUCUGAUUUCUCAUACGAAUUCCAUAUUGAACGAUUCCAAUUAGAGAUUUUGGAUAAUUUUGCUCAAGAGGAUUCUGGUUUUAGAUUCAAGAGUGAAGGUUUACAUUGUGCUUUUACUUCAGCCAAUACCCUUUCGAAACCAAUCAAUCCAGAAACCAGUCAACCAUACUAUACCUUACCAAUUCGUGAAACUAUUCUCUCUGUUUUAUUUAAUAGUUUAACAGUUCAUGAGAUGGCAUCAUUCAAGAGUAAUCAAAUUAAAACCGAAUUAUGUAAUACCAAUACAGUAGCUGGCUCUGGUAAGCAAUAUAAUAAAGCUAUAACAUCAAUUUCUUCCGACACUAUUGUCGAACGUGUCAAUAUUAAUAGCUAUAGUGGUCCAUGCUUAUUAAAAGGAAAUUUAAUGUUUAGAAGACCAAUCACUACUGCAGAAAACCCAGACCCACUCAAAAAUUUAGUUGGUCCACCACUUGUUGGUUUAGAAUUAAAUCUCAAUUUAAAUGACCUUAAAAUUUAUGGUGAUAGAAAGUGUUGGAAAACUUUAAUCUCUUAUCUUAUGCCACCAGAAUCUGAUAUCGAAUCUGAUUUAGAAUCGGAAGCCUCUGGAACCGAUUUUAAUGUUCAACAACGUGUUUUGGAUUUAGAUGGUAUUUCUGAUACUACCACUACUACAACCCAAUCACCAACUAAAAAUAUUGUAACAUCUAUUGUGCAUGUCGAUACCGAGGAUAGUAAUUCAACUGAUGAAUCAACCACUGCUCCAACUACUGGUUCUCAAACUGAUCCAUCCAAAUCUCACCACCAUAAAUCAAUUGUCGAAAAGAGUAAGAAGAAAAUCAAUACAUUUAAGAAAAAGUUAAAAUUAUCAUCAAAUUGGAAAAAUCAAAUAAAAAUAUUAUUAAAAGCUAGCAAUACUCAAGUUACAUUACCAGAAGAAAAGAAUGAUGAUCAAAUUUUCAAAGGUCUUAGAUUGAUUGUUAGUUUAGGUUCAUUUGUAAUGUGCAAUCAUAGUGAUUGGAAAUCAGUUCCCUUCCUUUUAGAUGGUCUUCAGUUAAUUGAUAAGUUUGCUCAAUUGGACCCAGUUUCUCAUUUUGGUCUUGAUCAUAGAUUUUCAUUCCAAAUGGAAAAUAUAACACUAUCAGCAAUAGAUGUUGAGCAUGAUAACAAGAAAACCAUAAUCCUCGAUCCUGCCACCAUCAGUUUAUUCCUUCGUAUCUCUCGUAGUCAAACCCUUUUAAACAAGCACCAAAAGAGAAUUCCAAAGAUCGAUCUUGCCCUUAUUUCAUCAGAUUUUAAAUUCAAUUUAACUACUCAGCAUUCAGAACUUUUAGACUUUAUUGCCAAUAAAUAUUUAUCACCAAAGAAAUUAAAGAGUCUUCUUAAAGCCAGAAUUUCCAAAGAGGCAAAGAAAAGAUUAAAGUCAUUGGAGGAAAAGAAAUUGGAUAAAACUUUAACCAUAAAGAAUAAGGUAGAAAAAACACUUCAAGAAUAUUAUUGGAAUGCAUUCAUCUCAAUCCAAAAUGGUGAUUUCCACUUACCACUUCAACACUUUUUAGAACCAAAAGAAGAUAAAGAGGGUGAGGGUGAAGUUGGUACCAAUGAUGAUGGUACAAGUGAAUCUAUAUCAUUAACAGACUCACCAAUUUCAAAUUCAUCAACAUCGAUUGGACCACCACCUGUAGCCUCUAUCAUUGGAACCAUUGUUAAAGAUUUAAAGACAUCAAUUAUUCCAGACGAUUUAAUGACAACACCAAAUGGUAAUAAUGUUAAAUUACCAGAAAUUCUUAGUCAAAUCAAAGUUCAAAACUUGGGUAUUGCUCUUCAGAAUAAUAAUUUAGGUCAAACUAUCGUUUUCAAAAUUGGAUCAUUCGAAGCAUAUGGCAUUGAUCAUCCAAAACUUUCAACCUCAACUAUUCUCAGACCAUUGCCAAUUCCAGAUGAUGAGGUCAUUCCAGCAACCAACCAAGAUAAUACCAAUCUUUUAAUCACAUACAAGAGAAGACAACAAAUAAAUAGCGAAUCAGCAGGCAACGCUAUUUUGGUAGAUAAAGAGAUUGAAGAAUGGGUAACUGAUGUUUGGGUCAAGCUUCAAGGCACUCAGGUUAGAGUAAUGAAAAAGAGAUUCCCACAAGGUUACCAAAAACCAAAGGUUAGUCGUAAAAAGAUUAAAAUGCCAGAUAUUAAGAAUUUUAUUACUAAAGUUGUUGGUAUGGUUGAAAGAAAGAGAGGUAAAAUUAAGAAUAUACAUAAAAAUAUCAAAAAGGUUAAUAUGAACAUCAAGUGGGGAGUCGAGUUGGGAAAUUGUGAAAUUCUUUUAGGAGAAAAAUCAAAAGUUUUAGGUUCAUCAGGUGUUUUAGAUGAUUUCACAAUUGAUCCAAAUUAUCAACCAAAAGGUAUAAUCAAAAUUACAGAUACAAAUCGUAAAGUAAAUGCUCAAGCAUACAGAGAUAUCGAAGAUGAAUUAUUAAAGAAAAAUCAAAAUUUAACAGAAAAUAUUAUGGUCGAUCAAGAAAAAGAUGAAUAUAUUAAAUCUCUCUUAAAACAAAUCGAAACAUUAAAACAAGAAAACGAUAUUGCUUCAAAAGAUUACAAGGUUUUAGAAGAAAAAUAUAUUAAAACUAAAAUGGAUUUAGCCGAAUUACAAUAA